AUCUGACAGACGCGGGUGAAAGCAAGUCAAGUGAAAAGACGUUCCCCUGAAAAGGAGCUGGAGAACAGCCCUCAAGCCCUGUUUGCACUAGGUGAAGGACGGCCAGCCAGCCACGCCACUGGCUUUAGCCUAAACCCACCCCCCCCAAGACGCCGAGAUACACUAGUGGUUGAACUGAUUUUCCAGAGGCGGCAUGGACAUCAAGGAAUAUUUUGCCAGAACUUCUUACCAGGGCUCCUACAAUAAGCUGGACCUGGCUACCUUGACGGAUAUAUUGCAGCACCACAUCCGAGCAGUCCCUUUUGAAAAUCUCAGCAUCCACUGCGGGGAAUGCGUUGAGCUAGACCUGGAAGCGGCUUACAACAAGAUAGUGAGGAAGAAACGCGGGGGCUGGUGCAUGGAAAACAACCAUCUUUUAUCUUGGGUCCUGAAAACUGUUGGCUAUGAUGUCACCCUUCUGGGAGCAAAAGUUUAUGUCCCGGAGUAUGACAUGUAUGCACCUGCAAUGGAUCAUCUGCUGCUGAAAGUGGUGCUUGGCGGCAAAUCCUACAUCGUGGAUGGCGCGUUUGGGAUGGCCUGCCAGAUGUGGGAGCCAAUGGAGCUGAUUUCUGGGACAGACCAGCCGCAGACUCCUGGGAUCUUUCGCUUCCUGGAGAAGAGCGGGGUCUGGUACCUCGAGAAGGUGAAAAGGAAGCAGUACACUCCCGACCAAAGCGUCUCCGCUUCCCAUAACUUGGAAGAAGAAGGUUGCCGUCCAAUUUAUCUCUUUACCCUUCAGCCACGAGACAUCGAAGAGUUCAGAGCCUGCAACACCCGUCUGCAGACAAAGCAGGCUUCGCUGUUUGUGUCCAAGUCUAUCUGCAGCCUGCAGACCACCAACGGCAUCCGGGCUCUGGUGGGGUGGAAAUUCACCGAGAUGAAGUACAAUUAUAAGGAUAAUAUGGAUCUGGUGGAAAUCAGAAUCCUUGCAGAUGAAGAAAUAGAGAAAACACUGAAAGAGAAAUUCAGUAUAACACUAGACAACAAACUUGUACCCAUCAAUAGAAGCAGGCCUCAUCCAUCUGAACUCUUUGCCUGAAUUAUAUAUAAUUCAAUCCAGUGGCAUUACAUGCAAUCCUUCCCCCUAUUUCUGACAAGCAUCUAAAGGUUAAGCUUUCUCUUGCCGUCUAUACCAGUGUAAGGCAGACCAUAUUAGUAUGAAUCUGGAAAAAGAAAUUGAUUUUCACAACUGCUCCUCCAUCUCUCUUUGGUUUGGGUACAAAUAAUUUCUUCCUAGCUCAAUCAAAUCACUACCCUUCUCUUUGUGCUUAGCUGGAAGCAGACUCUGCCCAUUCCCUACUCCUUUCAUCUCUUAAAAGCUUUUCUAAAUACACCCAGAGUAGCAGGGUAGAGCGAUGGAGCUGUAUGUCUCUUUAUUACUUUGUGCUGCCACCUGGGGAAAAUCGUACCCACCUCUUAAAUGAAUACCAUAUUAUUUUUGGACUUUAAUAGCCAGAAAAACAAAGACAUCCAUUGCUGAGUUUGCUACAGUUAAGCCAUAAGCCUGUCCUUUUUUGCUCUUGCAUUCGCAACACCCUCCCGUGCGACAGUCGGACAGUCCCAUGCCUGUGCCACACUGUGAGAAUACUUACGGAUGGGCUAUUUAUGGCCUAAAACUGAUGACGAGAAAUAUUAGUGGACAAUUCUGUCUUGGUCCAGAGUUUACAUGACUCCUGUUCUCUCAGUGCCAUAAUCAAAAAGCAGGAUUUCUUUGAACUGAAAGCAUCUCCCAUGCAUUUUGUUUGCUACCACCCAGCAGCAGACUGCUGGGAAUACACGCUCCUCUAGUAAGACUCUACUCUGAGUGUUAUUGCACAUUAAUUAUUGUGGCUGAACUCAAACACAUGCGCAGAAUCAUUUUUCUGAAACGUUUCCGUUCUACUGAGGAUGUGUUUGCAGUGAUACUAAUUAUAUUGAUAUAAGGAGAAACGACGAAUCUUAAUCAGAUACCUAAAGGCUAAGAUCCUUAGUAUGAGAAAUUACUCAAAUGUGAUCACUUUGCCCUCUGAGAAGAUGCUUGAUGUUCCUUUAUGUACAAAUCUUGGAAGCAUUACAACUAUGCACUCACAAUUAAGUAAAUUAUAUAAGUGAAUAACAAUUAAAUAAAAAAAUCAAGAAUUGUGAAGUAAAACUAUUCAACUGUUUUUUCCCCCAAUUACAAUGUGUAUCCCCAAAGUAAAACAUUUCAUUAAUCACUGCAGUUGUCUUGAUUAUUUGUAUGUGCUAGUAUUUUGCAGCUAAGGCUUUUAAAAAUACAGUA